AUGUUCUCGUGCUGGCUCCUGAGCCCCAAAGACCGGCCCUCCUUCGAGACGCUGCGCUGUGAGCUGGAGAAGGCCCUGGACGACCUGCCGGACCCCCAGGACCCCGACGAGAUCCUCUACGUCAACAUGGAUGAGCCGUCCAUGGAGCUGGGAGCGGUGGGCGGCCGUGACCCUAACGCCGGCCCCCCCUCUCUGGGUCUGAAGGGCCUGGACUCCGUCACCACAGUGGAAGUGCACCACCCCAACCGCUACGUCCUCUGCCCGCAGCACGAGACCAACCGGGCCCUUUGUGAUUCUAUGGAGAGUCUGGACAUGCACAUUUCGUCUUCCACCGCCACCCUGCCGCUUCAGCCGUCCUGCCACUCCACGCCGAACCUGACCCGGGCCCCCACCCCCACGGAGGACAGAGACAGGAGGGUGGCCUGGUAG